AUGUCGGACCCAAACAAGCCAUCGUCGCCCGGUUUGUACGAAGAUUUUUUCCGCCGUCAAUCCUGGCCUGAACCAUGGGAUGAAUCCGAGUUCUCGCCUGAUCAAAGGAGGGCGGAGAUCCAAAAUCGCGUUAGAAGUAAGGUAUCAAAAGGGAUCACGGAAAGUUUCUUCGAACAUUCCUUCUACCCGUUUUCGUGCUGGCCAUGGGGAUUUUUCAUCUACCGGACAGCAUACGGAUCCGACGAGGACUGGAACCAGGCUCUUGCUAAGCUUCAUCGCUAUAUUCACUAUGAUAUAUGGCGCACCGUUAAAGACGAACCGGAGGCAGCUAAGAUUGUUUGGGAGGGCUGUCACAACGUCAUUGUUGAGGAUCGAAAAUUGCUAGAGGGCGCUUCACCCAUCAAAGUCCGGGAACUAUUUCAGGAGUGGAUAGUCCGAAAUCCAGAGCACGAUAAUCAUAGCGAGCCACGAUCAAGCUUUUGCUUGAUGAUUGAUGAUCAUGCUAUUCAAUCCAUUCUAGCGAGUUCGGAGCCAGGUCUGGACCGCAACCAGCCCGGAUACGUGAUCUUGAUCGGUCGCUCAUUUCCUGAUAAGGGGGGGCUCAGAUUCGAGCCUUUUAAUGGGAGUUGGAUGCGACUGCUGAUGCAUGGGAUCUGGCGCGUUACCUGUAAUGCUGAUGAUUUUGAUUUUGAUGACUUGUGUCGGUGGAUCGCGAAGCCGUGCUUGAUUCCUUACUGUGAUGGCUCUGAGAGCUGGGUGGAGGACGUGAAUGGGCAGAAGGUAACGGGCCCUUAUUCUUCGGGCGAUGAGGAGGACGAAGACGACGAUGACGAUGAGGAGGAAGACGGGUAUACCGAAGCAGGCGGUUAUCCCCUCUACGAUAAUUAUAAAUUUCUUAAGAAGGGGGGGCAUAUUUAG